AUUGACACACUUGUCACUUGUGUUAUGCAUUUUAGUGAGAGAAAAAACAAAAGGAUUAUCUUUUAGCAAAAUUGUGUUUCGCGCUUCCCAGUAUUGGUGUAUGCUGUACAGAAGUUCAGCUCAUUAAUGGCGGAUUUGUAGUCUUCGGGGUUACUUCUCAUCUGGGUUUUGCAUAAUUUUAAUGCACUUGGCUCUGGGAAGCUUCGGAUUUCUCCCUGCGUCUUAAUUCUACUGUGUUUUAGCUUGGAGCUAGUGGUGAAGCUCUGGGGUUCAAUAAUCAAUGCACUUCCCAGCUGUAUUGUUACUCUUUUUGGCACUUUUUCCCACAGCAUUAACACAAACUAUCGAACAUGCUGAACUUCUAAUUGAAACAACUGCAAGGAUUUCGGAUACGGAUGCUAAUUAUAUAUGUGCUACCAUUGAUUGGUGGCCUCACGAGAAGUGUAACUACAACCAAUGCCCUUGGGAGUCAUCUUCUGUGUUAAACUUGGAUUUAUCUCACCCCUUUUUUGCCAAGGCUAUUCAAGCUUUUGAGCAUUUGAGAUUGCGGCUCGGGGGUUCAUUGCAAGACCAAGUUCUUUAUGAUGUGGGCAAUCUGAAGACUCCCUGCCAUCCAUUUAGAAAGCAGAAGGACGGGCUGUUUGGAUUUUCUAAUGGAUGCCUACCUAUGGAUAGGUGGGAUAAGCUAAACAGCUUUUUCAAGAGGACGGGAGGACUUGUUACAUUCGGUUUGAAUGCAUUACACGGGAGACAGAAGAUAAAAAAGCAAUGGAGAGGAAACUGGCAAUCCAGCAAUGCCCAUGAUUUUAUUAAGUACACUAUUUCCAAGGGUUACCAGAUAGACUCAUGGGAAUUUGGCAAUGAGCUGUGUGGUACAGGUGUAGGUGCAAGUGUUGAUGCCGAACUAUAUGCAAAAGAUGUGAUCAGACUAAAAUCUCUCAUAGGUCAACUGUAUAAAGACGUCGACCCAAAGCCUCUUCUAUUGGCACCUGGAGGGUUUUACGAUAAGGUGUGGUUUGAGAAGUUUCUUGAUGUUUCAGGGCCAACCACUGUCAAUGCUUUGACACAUCAUAUAUACAAUCUAGGACCAGGAUCCGACCGCAAUCUCAUUAGUAAAAUUUUAAAUCCCGAGUACUUGGAUAAGAUAUCAUAUACAUUUGGAAACCUUACACAAACCAUUCAAGCAAAUGGUCCUUGGGCUUCAGCUUGGGUUGGAGAAUCUGGUGGCGCCUAUAAUAGCGGUGGGCAUAAUGUGUCCAACACCUUUGUCAACAGUUUUUGGUAUGUAGAUCAGCUUGGGAUGGCGGCCAAGUACAAGACAAAAGUUUAUUGCAGGCAGACAUUAAUCGGUGGAAACUAUGGGCUCCUUGACACAAACACGUUUAUCCCGAAUCCUGAUUAUUACAGUGCACUUCUAUGGCAUCGUCUUAUGGGAAGAGGAGUGCUUGAUGUUAACAGCAAUGGAUCGCCAUAUUUACGUUCUUAUGCUCACUGCACAAAAGAAAGAGCGGGUGUCACGCUGCUUCUAAUAAACCUAAGCAACCAAACAGAGUUCAGCGUUGGCGUUAAAUCCACUACAAGCAUCAGCUUGCAUGCCAGUGUGAAACCACAUCACAAGAAAAGGUCGUUCCUGCACGGUCUAAAGCAAACGGUUUCAUGGGUAGGAAGUAAGGCAUCGGACGCACCAUUGUCACGAGAAGAAUACCAUCUAACUCCAGAAGACGGGAACCUUCAAAGCAGAAGUGCGCUCCUGAAUGGAAGACCAUUACAGCUUAGCGAAACUGGAGACAUACCGAGUUUCUCACCAGUCCUCCAAGAUGUAAGCUCUCCCGUUUCUAUUGCCCCCUUGUCCAUCAAAUUCAUUGUAUUUCCUAACUUCAUUGCUCCAGGUUGCCAGGAGGUUUGACAUAUAUUCUAAGAUUCUGAAACGCUUACUAAUGUUUUACUUACAUGCAUUCUGGCAUUCUGCAAAUGUAUUAUAGCUUAGCAUAGCACCAUGUAUCACUAGCAUCUGUUGCAAAUUUUCUUUCCACUUUGGCAUAUACCUUCAAUAUGAAUAAAUGUUCCAAAAUCAAUACAUUUUUUUCCUUCCA